ACGCACAGCGUGUCGUAGGCGUUCGAAGCCGUAGGCUCCCGCCCGGCUUCCCGGGACGCACAGGGCAGGCGCUGGGCGUGCGCAUGCUCGGCAGGCGGGGCCGCUGGAGUCUCCAGGCGCUGCAAUCUGUUGCGCCGCCGCCCGCGGGAGCCGGCAGAUCCGGGUCUUGUGGCUAAGAGUGACGUGGUCACUCGAAUCAAAACAGAGGAGGGGGAGGAAGCCGGCGGCCAGGAGCGGCAGUGGCAGCAGCGUCCGGAGUAGCCGCAGCCUUCUGGAAGCUCCAGGCGGUCUUUCUGCCGAGCCUCGGUCCCGGCCCCCAUCCUCCCCGCCCCAUCGGUUAUUGUCUGGGCGGAUUUAAACAGUCAAGUAAAAUCAAGCUGGGUAAUCAUGGCAGAAGGUGGAUUCGAUCCCUGUGAAUGUGUUUGCUCUCAUGAACAUGCAAUGAGAAGACUGAUCAAUCUGUUACGGCAGUCCCAGUCCUACUGCACAGACACAGAGUGUCUUCAGGAAUUACCGGGACCCUCUGGUGAUAAUGGCAUCAGUGUUACUAUGAUCUUAGUGGCCUGGAUGGUUAUUGCAUUGAUCUUGUUCUUGCUGAGACCUCCUAAUCUAAGAGGAUCCAACCUACCUGGAAAGCCAACCAGUCCUCAUAAUGGACAAGAUCCACCAGCUCCUCCUGUGGACUAACUUUGUGAUAUGGGAAGUGAAAAUAGUUAACACCUUGCACGACCAAACCAACGAAGAUGACCAGAGUACUCUUAGCCCCAUUAGAACUGUUUUUCCUUUUGUAUCUGCAAUAUGGGACGGUAUUGUUUUCAUGAGCUUCUAGAAAUUUCACUUGCAAGUUUAUUUUUGCUUCCUGUGUUACUGCCAUUCCUAUUUACAGUAUAUUUGAGUGAAUGAUUAUAUUUUUAAAAAGUUACAUGGGGCUUUUUUGGUUGUCCUAAACUUACAAACAUUCCACUCAUUCUGUUUGUAACUGUGAUUAUAAUUUUUGUGAUAAUUUCUGGCCUGAUUGAAGGAAAUUUGAGAGGUCUGCAUUUAUAUAUUUUAAAUAGAUUUGAUAGGUUUUUAAAUUGCUUUUUUUCAUAAGGUAUUUAUAAAGUUAUUUGGGGUUGUCUGGGAUUGUGUGAAAGAAAAUUAGAACCACGCUGUAUUUACAUUUACCUUGGUAGUUUAUUUGUGGAUGGCAGUUUUCUGUAGUUUUGGGGACUAUGGUAGCUCUUGGAUUGUUUUGCAAAUUACAGCUGAAAUCUGUGUCAUGGAUUAAACUGGUUAUGUGGCUAGAAUAGGAACAGAGAAAAAAAUGAAAUGGUUGUUUACUAAUUUUAUACUCCUAUUAAAAAUCUCUAAUGUUAAGGAAACCUUAAAUAAACAUGAUUGAUCAAUAUGGCA